AUGAAGGAAAUCAAGUCCAUCUCGCAGUUCAACACCCUCAAGCUGAACGACCUCCUCGUAAUCGACUUCUACGCAACAUGGUGCGGUCCCUGCAAGGCAAUCUCGCCUGUUUUCUCCAAGCUCGCAAAGCAGCAUGAAGCCUCCUCGACGACCAUCGUCUUCGCGCAAGUCGACGUCGACAAGGCCAAAGAUGUUGCGCAGGCCUGCGGCAUCACUGCGAUGCCCACCUUCCAGUUCUUCCGCUCGGGCAAAAAGAUCGACGAGGUCAAGGGCGCCGACGUGCAGCAGCUCACCACCAAGAUCGGAUACUACACAUCGCUGACGCUGAAAGAGGCUGCUGCGGCGGGAGGGAGCAAGAGUGGCGAAAAAGCAGCGGCUGCUCCCAAGAGCGGCGAGUCGGGGUCGCUGCGGUCACUGAUUGAUCUGGGGCCGUCGAGAGUGUUGGGAUCGAACCUGAGUUCAGUGCGCAACAUCGUCAGUCCUCCGCCUGCUGGCUACACGGCGGCUUCUGCGGCGUUGCAGUCGCAGCUCUUGAUCCAUUUGGUUUUUACAAAGAGUGUCAGCCCUAGCCAGCUGAGGAUCACGAUUGCCAAGGAUGCGAUUUCAAAGGCACCAAGCAGGAUUCAGGUCGGCACCAAUGUUCCAGUCAUCUUUACCAAGAACAAGGACGGCGUCGAGUCGAACGACUUGACUGUGGCUUCGAUCACCAAGGCGGAGAACUCGCAGUCUUUCAACGUUUUCUCUGACGAGUACGUGAAUGGUGUUGCAGUGUUGAAGCUCAAGGCGUCAAAGUUCACGGGCAUCAAAAGCUUGACAAUCAGGAUUGAUGCCAAUAUGAGCGGCGAAAAGACGUCAGUCACUGAGAUUCAUGAGCUAGAUAUUAUUGGCACAUCCUAA